AUGCAUCGCUUCAUCCAACUACUCACCAGCGCCGUUGCCGUUGCAGCCGCCGACCCCGUGGUCACGAGCCUCCUGCUGCCCUACAACGACGCGCAGCCGUUCGUUGGCACCGUCCUCAACGUCGACGCCUCGGCGACGACGUUUGCCUACACCUGCGCCAGCACCGUCAACGCUGAUGACUGCGGAAUGGCCACGCACGGCACCAUUGUCCAGGGCCCGUCGACCUGGCGCAUGACGCUUUCCCAGAGCGACGACGACGGUUUGUACGCGCUCACGGCCGCCUGCGCCCUCACCCCGUCCAAGAACGUGGCCAGCUGCACCGUUUCCGAGACCGAAUCCGACACCGACACCCAGGGCUCCAGCACCCAGACGGGCACCACGACGAGCUACCUCUCCGACCUACAGGCCGUGACGCUCGUCGCCGGCCUUGACAAGCUGACUGGCGGCGCUACGCCCUCGCCCAGCACCGCCUCUUCCACCCCGACAUCAGGCGCCGGCGGAAGCACCGGCUCCCAACCCCCGAGCACCGGCAGCGCGUCGCAGUCCUUGACCUCGGGAGCCGCCGCGUCGUCUUCGGGCGCUGCGUCUCCCUCGGCACCUGCCAGUGGCAGCAAGACGGGCACGCCCAACGCCGCGCCGGCUGUGACCCAGCAGGCUGUCCUGGUCGGCGUCGCCGCCGUUGUUGGCGCGCUUGCGCUGUAA